AUGGGCAGCCGUAAAAUAAAAGCCCUGUCAACAAUACAAAGACCUUUUGCUCUCAACAUUAGCAAGGCAUAUAGAACAACCCCGACAAAUGCAGCACUUGUGCUUACCGGGCUCACACCCAUUCACAUCAGGGCCAAGUUAGAAGCAAUAUAUGAGCGGGUAAUAAGAUUAAAGGAGAAUGCUGCACUCGAUACCACAGUCUUCAGCACGCUGCAGUACGAAACACCAGGCAGCACACAGCACGUGCACCCAGCACAUAAAAACUCGGGCAUACACGUCAAAAUAGCAAGGAGAUCUACGCCGCGAAUAGAGGAUGUACCAGUCGCCUUGCAAUUCUACACAGAUGGCUCCAAACAUGAUAACGGAGUGGGUUGUGCUUAUGCUUGUUAUGAGCAUGGUACACUUCACAGUCAAUGGAAAGGUCAUCUUGCAGCUCACAAUAGUAUCUUCCAGGCGGAGGCCAUAGCAAUUGAAGCGGCAAUACAGUACGCACAUGACAUACAACUUGCACGAACAGAAAUAUGCACAGACAGUAUAUCAGUGCUGCAGGCAUUAAAGAAUCAUCAUCACACAUCUCCCAUAAUCCUGCAAAUCCAACAGACAUUGCAUAGCAACCAGCAAUCUAACAUCAAGCUAAAAUGGGUAAGAGGUCACUCUGGGAUCGCAGGCAAUGAGAUGGCAGAUCAACUGGCCAAUGAGGCAGCAACCAACAAUAAUGCACAGGCUGUCUCAGCACUAAUCCCGCCGUCAUUUUUAAAAAGACAACUAAGAGACAUAGGGAAUAAACAAUGGCAACACGAAUGGGAGAAUGGAGAUACCGGCAGAAGGACUUUCGAAUUCUACCCUGUAGUAGAUAAAGAACGCUUACAGGCCAUAUACCCUUUGGUAAACUAUAUCACGGGGCAUGGUCCUUUUCCCACCUUCUUUUAUAAGCGUGCUAUCUCCAUGACAUAUCUCCGCACACACAUGAGCGUGUGUGUGCGGGGAAAUCGGCUCCCCCGACCACUACGUGUUCAACUGUAG